UGAUUUGAUUUAUUUAAAAACAAUUACUGCCUUUUACCUGAAAAUGACUUCUGGAACAGAUUUUACUUACCCCCACUCAAAAAUGUUCAGCAGUGUACGCUUUCGCUAGUCAAAUUCAAUUGCCAAGACUAAAUUUAAUUUGCCGUGUUAUGCCCGAGAUUUACCACGGAGGGUCGCUGUCUAGACAUCCAAAACGAAAAAUUGAGACCAAAAACAUUUACCGCGCUGUUUCUGUACCGGUUUAAUUAAACAUAUGCACUGCCUUAAUAUACCCCAGUCGUUUUGUCUGGGGUCAGCGAAAUAAAUAACUCUGUCAUCAAUAUUUUUUGGGCAAGAUUCCUGAAAGGGAAGCCAGCCCCUGUGCCUGAGCGAGGCGCUGCCAAUAAGGUGAAGGCACGCGCACGCGCUCACUGCCGCCUCACCUCCAGGCAGCCAGCCAGACGGGCCGCCGCUCACUCUGCCCCGCGCGCCCCGUUUAGGCUCAGGCUCAGGCUCGGACUCCGCCACGCCGCGACCGAAGAGAGCAGGGGGUGGAGAGAACCCCGGGAGCCAGCAGACCCGCCGCCCAAGCCCGGACGCCGCCACCGAGGGACGCGUGGGGAAGCGCGGUGAGGGAAAACAGGACGCCUCGUGCGCCCGAAACUUUGGCCGGCUGGACGCAUUCCUGCUCUGCCCCUUGCCUUCUCCCCGGCCGCUUCCUCCACCUGACACAGCAGGAUUACAGCAGGAUUACGGCAACACUUCCUCUGCUCCAUCAGGCUCCGCAGCCCACAGCUUUCUACCAACUUUUUUCCCCUCCAUUUUUUGAUAAACAUGGAUAUUCUUCCAUAGAUCUGUUGUCAAGCGGAUGUGUUUUUGACCUGUUUUUUUUUUUUUUUUUUUUACACCAGGCAGUGUCAAAAUCUUGACCGUUUUGUGACCUGUGUCUGUGCCUUCUGUGAAAAGGGGCGACAACGGAAGAGACAAGAAAAAAUUUUUCUUUAUUUUUUUUGUUUAAAAAAAAAAAAAAGAAUCUGCUUUUCAUCAUAAAGUUAUGGACAUAAGGAUGUGAAAAAAAUUUCACUUGUAGAACAGUGGCCAGGUGCGCCCAUGUGUGUGGCUUUUAGUGCUGAAGUUCCUUGAAGUUGAUUUUUAAAAUUAAUUUAAUUUAAUUUAAUUUUUUUUACAUUUUUUGAUUGCCAGCAAAUUCAAAUGUUUGUUUUUUCACACUUCAGUUCUUCAGGAGAAAAAAAAAACCUUCUGCUGUUUUCCAGUAGAAAUAAGGCUUUGAAUCCAGUCCCUCUCUGGGUGUAGCAAGCAGCUCAUUCUUCUCUUGUUUCUACACAGCUUCUAGCAGCACGGCAACAGCUGAGAGAUAUUAUUCAUAGAUCCCUGGACUUCAGCUCAAAAUCAGAACCAGACAUGGAGAUAACUAACUCCUCCGUUUAAGCUCAUGGUGAUAAAUAAUUAACCCAAGGCUGGGGACUCCAGGACAGGGAGGGAUGAGGCUCCAGGGCUGGAGAGGGGGAGCGAGGCUGCCGCUCCUGCUGCUGCUGCUGAGCUGCUGGGCGGAGCAGGCGCACGCCAAGUCCCCGCGGCACCGCGAGGCCCGGAGGCAGAGCCGGGAGCCCAGGCAGCCCCGGGAGGUGAUGCUGGCGGUCAUCCUGCCGCGGCACAACCUCACCUACCCCUGGGCGUGGCCCCUGGUGGGGCCCGCUCUCGUGCGCGCCAUAGAAAGGAUCAACGAGGACCCGACCCUGCUGCCGGGCUACCAGCUGCGCUACUCCUACAAGAACAGCGAGAACAAGAUGGGCCUGUGCGACGAGUCCAUCGCCCAGCUGGUGGCUGUGGACCUCAAGUACACCCACAACCCCUGGGCCUUCAUCGGGCCUGGCUGCGACUACACCUCCUCCACCGUGGCCCGCUUCACCGACUACUGGGGCCUGCCCUUGGUGACGGCGGGCGCCCCGGCCACCGCCUUCUCGGACCCCAGCAUGUUCACCUCCAUCACCAACACGGGACCCACGCACAUGAAGCUGGGAGAGUUCGCCCUGCACAUCCACCAGCACUUCAAAUGGCUACAGCAAGCAAUGCUCCUGUUCUCUGACAACAAGGUGGACCAUCGACCGUGCUUCUUUGCCACGGAAGGGUUGUACGCGGAGCUGCGGGCGAACAACCUCACCAUGGAGCACAUGUCGUUCGAUGAGAACGACCGGCCGAUCGACUACAAGAGCCUCCUCCGGGACAUUGAACAGGGAGGCCGUGUUGUGUAUGUUUGCUGCUCACGGGCAAUUUUUCGGCGGCUGAUGUUGCACUUCAAUAACUCCACCCUGCCACGGGAGGAGUACGUGUUCUUCUACAUCGAUAUUUUUGGCGACAGCCUGGGCACUGAGCCUGCCUACCCCUGGGCUGGACAGGAUACAGAUGACAGCAAAGCCAAGGAAGCCUUCCAGUACGUGAAGAUACUGACAUACCACGAACCGCAGAAUCCUGAGUACAAACAGUUUGUGUCUGACCUGAAAGAGGACUCCAAGAAGAUGUUCAAUUUCACAGUGCAGGACUCAUUGAAGAACAUAAUAUCUGGAGGCUUCUAUGACGGGCUGAUGCUGUACAGCCAUGCCCUGAACGAGACCAUGGCCGGGGAAGAGGGUAUGCCUCCAGGGACAGCCGUUACCAAGAGGAUGUGGAACCGCACCUACUACGGAGUCACAGGAUCAGUUCAAAUAGAUGAAAAUGGCGAUCGAGAGAUAGAUUUUGCCCUGUGGGACAUGACUAACAAUGAGACCGGCGUCUUCCAGAUAGUGUCUGUCUAUAACGGCUCCCAGAAGCAGAUGGUAUCAGUGCCAGGAAAGAAAAUCCAGUGGCCGGGGGGAUCCGUACCCCGUGAUGUGCCAUUCUGUGGCUUCAAGAGAGACAACCCGGCCUGCAUAACACGGACCAUCACAAUGCACCAGAUGGUCUUCAUUGUUUUGUUCUUCGUCUUGGUCAUUAUCGUCACCAUCACUGUAUUCGUAUACAGGAGGGUGAAGCUGGAGAAUGAGCUGGCUGCUCAGCUGUGGAGGGUAUCAUGGGAGGACAUUCAGAUGAGUAAUCUGGAGAAGGUGCUGCGCAGUGUUGGCAGCAAGCUCACCCUCUCGCUGAGAGGCUCCAAUUACGGCUCUCUCUUGACAACAGACGGCAACUUCCAGGUAUUCACAAAGACAGGCUACUACAAGGGGAACAUAGUUGCCAUUAAGUACGUCAAUAGGAAGCGGAUUGAGUUGACCAGGAUGGUGCUCUUUGAGCUGAAGCAUAUGCGGGACGUCCAGAACGACCAUCUCACUCGCUUCAUCGGUGCCUGUAUCGACCCUCCAGAUAUCUGCAUCAUCAGCGAAUACUGCCCCCGUGGCAGCCUGCAGGAUAUUAUGGAGAAUGAGAGCAUCACAUUGGACUGGAUGUUCAGAUAUUCCCUCAUCAAUGAUAUUGUGAAGGGCAUGGCCUUCCUUCAUAACAGUGUGAUAGAUUGCCAUGGCAACCUGAAGUCCUCUAACUGCGUGGUGGAUAGUCGCUUUGUGCUGAAGAUCACUGACUAUGGGCUGGCCAGCUUUCGCACUGAGGCCGACUCAGAGGACGCGCACGCCUACUACGCCCGGAGGCUGUGGUCCGCCCCGGAACUGCUCCGGAUGGAGAGCCCACCUCCUGGCGGAACACAAAAGGGUGACAUCUACAGCUUUGGAAUUAUCCUGCAGGAAGUGGCCCUGCGCAGGGGAGCCUUCUACCUGGAGGGGGAGUCACUGAGCCCCAAAGAGAUUAUAGACCGGGUGGCCGUAGGGGAGUGGCCCUACCUGCGCCCCACAAUCUGCUCCCAGAGCCACAGCGAGGAGCUGGGCCUGCUGAUGCAGCGCUGCUGGGCCGAGGACCCCGCGGAGCGCCCGGAGUUCAGUCAAAUCAAGAUCCUCCUGCGCAAGCAGAACAGAGAGAACAGGUCCAACAUCCUGGACAACCUGCUGUCCCGCAUGGAGCAGUAUGCCACCAAUCUGGAGGAGCUGGUGGAGGAGCGGACUCAGGCCUACCUGGAGGAGAAGCGCAAGGCCGAGACCUUGCUCUACCAGAUCCUACCGCACUCGGUGGCGGAGCAGCUGAAGAGGGGGGAGACUGUGCAGGCGGAGGCCUUCGACUCCGUCACCAUCUACUUCAGCGACAUCGUGGGGUUCACCGCCAUCUCCGCCGAGAGCACCCCCAUGCAGGUGGUGACCCUGCUCAAUGACCUGUACACCUGCUUUGAUGCCAUCAUCGACAAUUUUGAUGUUUACAAGGUGGAGACGAUCGGCGACGCCUACAUGGUGGUGUCGGGGCUCCCGGUGCGGAACGGGAAGCUGCAUGGGCGGGAGGUCGCCCGCAUGUCGCUGGCCCUGCUGGACGCCGUGCGCUCCUUCAGGAUCCGCCACCGGCCCGACCAGCAGCUCAAGCUGCGGAUCGGCAUCCACAGCGGCCCGGUGUGUGCGGGCGUGGUGGGGCUGAAGAUGCCGAGGUACUGUCUGUUCGGAGACACCGUCAACACCUCCUCGCGCUUGGAAUCCACCGGGGAAGCGCUGAAGAUCCACGUGUCGGCAGCCACGCGCGACGUCCUUCAGGAGUUCAACUGCUUCCAGCUGGAGCUGCGGGGAGACGUGGAGAUGAAGGGCAAGGGCAAGAUGAGAACCUACUGGCUGCUGGGGGAGACCACGAGCAGCGCGUGAUGGCCGAGGGAGGAGAUGGAGAAGCAGAGGAGACGAGGAGCUGCGGGGGAGCAGACGUGCCGUGCGAGAGCCGUGUACCUGCUAGCGCCCCCUCACAGCCUUCCAACACACAGCACAGUAUCCACACCCUCCAGACUGUUUGGGCCUGCUACCAGCCGAAGUGUGUUUUUCAAUGUACUGUUCCUCUCCAUCGUAUUAUUCUCGUCUUGUUUUUUUCAUUAAUGACAGGAUUCAAAUUUUUUUUGUAUACAGCAUUUUAGUUUCCCGUUGUUCUUCUAGAGUUUAAUCUGCCAUCGCCCGAGUUCUCUCACCAUACUUCUGAGACAAUGGUGGAAUUUACAGUUUGUGUACAUUGCCAUCUGGUGGUCAUUUGAUGUAACUGUAUUUUCAUUUGUGCUUUACGUGGACUUGUGUAUCCUCAAGCCCCACCUUUUGAACUGUACUUGUACGGGGGCUAAAAAGUGUUUUAGUGUUUCAGCGUGUUCUUUGUCUUUGUUUACAGCAAUAUCACUAUUUUUGUAGUAGUAUAAUACGAUUCGUCCUGUAUUUUUGCAUUCACUCCAUGGGAAAACCCAAAGUAGCCUAUAUGCCAUGUCUUUGAUUUACUGUAAAUAUAAAGACAAGCAUGCUAUGUACACAACGCAGUGUUUCACAGUUCACAAUGCACAUGAAAUCAAUGUUUUAUCACUAUAGUAUUUCUCCUGGCAUUCAGACAAAUGGCAUUCAGCGAAUUAUUCUCAUAUAAGAGUAGAAUAAUGCUCUUCUUCCGUCACAUUACUGUGGUCCAGGUUUUUUUUUUUUAAGUACACAAGUGAAUUGUACAGUUUUUGUUUUUGGGGUGGUGCCUCCAGACCUAUUUUGGGUAUUGUCAGCUGUCAUAGAAAAGCAUUUAUAUUUGAAUUUGACCUUGUCAUGGAGAUUGUUGCCGUGGGCUUUGCUGACAUGCUUAGGCAUGUCAUGAAUUAUCUGUGAUGUCCUGAAAGAGAUACUUUCCUGGGACUCCAGCCUCAGUAUAAACUAGAAAGGGCCUGGAAAUAGAAACAAACAGUGGGGUGCCAAUUUGGAGUUUUUCCCAAAUCACUGCGGCAUUAGAACCCUUUUCAACAAGACAGAUGGAGUACAUUCUGGGAUGUAAUGCCUAACCCUAUAGAGGCAAGGUCAGUCUUGUGCCCAUGCAGGUGAGUAAAACACUCCACAGUGGUUAGGGGACUUUUACUGGUCUCUUCAGAGACCUUCUUAGCUCAUUUUAAUCAUUUUUCAAAGGCCAGACAAUUAAAACAUUGUUUCCAUUGUCUGGCCUCUUGUAAAAUGCGUGUGACUGUGCCAAGUGUUGUAAGCCCUAUGGAAUCGCUUUGCUUCCGAGUUUGGCUGUAAGUCUGCAGGCAUCAGAGUCUUCAUCAGCAUCAGUCAUUUUUGUGGAUGUCUUUGAAGUACUUUUUUUGAAGUAGUAAAAACGUGAACGUUCCUGGUAUUGAAUUCUUGUGUUUUCUGUAUUUUUUAGACAGUGGAUGUCUUUUCAACACACUUUCAGCAAUUGCGUUCAGCACCAGUGAAAAACAGCUCCGAACUCCAGUACUGUAGACUACAUUAUAGAGUUUUUCCAAUAUUUUUCUUCUGCCACUGUUUAUCACUAAUUUUAUUUUAUUUUUGCUUUGUAUGCUGCUCACUUUGGUCCAAGCAGACUGGGAGCAUCAGAAGGUCAUGUGCUGUCUAUUAAGGUUACAUACACACACUUGUCCCGUAUAAUUAUAUGCCAUCACAUUUCUGAACAGUUGUAAAUUUUAGCUUCCCUUGUUUGACAGUGGCCCAAUCAAAUUAAAAUUUGACAGCAUAAAAGCACCUAAAUUAAGGACACUUCAUUUUUUAUUAAACAUAAAAAGCACAAUGAUGUUAGCUACUCUGACACUGUUUGACACACGCUUUGGGAGGGGGAAUGGUGAAGUUAUUAAAGUUUAUUUUUCUCACUGUCAGAA